CCUUAUAUUUCUAAUCUCCUCUCUACCCAUCAUUAAUAUAAGGAAAUUAAGAAAGAGCUCACGAGAGGGCAUAAAUCAAAAUUAUACACUGAAAAAUGAAAACCAAGAAAAAUACAUAUUUCUGGGGCAAUUACACUGAAGUGAUCUUCUCAGGUUGGCCAGGACAAAGCUUCAGCUCCUACAUAUUAGCCUUGGUUUUAGUCUUUGUGCUUGGUUUUGCAGUAGAGUGGCUUUCGCACACGAAGAUCAUUAAAUCCAGCUGCAGCACAGAUAAGAUCACGGCGGGGCUUCUGCUAACAGGCAUGCAUGGGACUCGGGUGGGAAUGGCGUAUUUGGCAAUGCUGGCUGUCAUGUCAAUGAAUGUUGGGGUGCUGCUCGCUGCGAUUGCAGGAUAUACAGUAGGGUUCUUCAUCUUUGGCAGUUGUGUUUUUGUGAAUUAUAAUGCUAAGAUGUCUUCGACGUCGAUGCCUUUCCAAGAUGAUGAUCCCGAUCUUCCUCCUUUCAAUUGCUGAUCAUCAUGAUCAAUCAGGAAAUAUUUAUGCAAUCACACGAUUAGCUACCUUUGCAGUUUUGUGAUGAUCAUCAAAUUUAAUAUAUGAAAGUUGUAUGUAUGAUAUUGCAAAUCCAAAUUGGUACCAGGUACCCAGAUCUGGAUUUUAUGUUGAUUGUAAUCUGCAUAAAUGUGAUAUGAAAAUCUUAAUUUUUCUUGGA